GGCUGCAGUGAGCACGCUGAUUGGCCGACGCCGUGUGUAGCGUCAGCUCUGGAGAGGGGGAGCUUGGAGGACACACCGCUGAGCUGGGAGGGAAUACAUUCGCUGGGAGUUUGCCUUGUUAAAACCGAGCUACCGUCACCAGCUAUCCACUAGAAGCAGGCUCCUUGAGCAGAAUAAUUUAGCAUUAAGGGGACUUCCUUCAACCACCUGGCUCUUUUCAGAUUGGUAUUCUCCUUCUAUUCUCUUUGGAUCUUCGCAGCCUCUGUCAACCUGCAGCUAUGAAUUAUUUGCGCCGGCGUCUUUCAGACAGCACUUUCAUCUCCAACCUGCCCAAUGGCUACAUGUCGGACCUCCAGAGGCCUGACCCCGCAACCCCUCAGCCCACCACCCCAACCACCCCCGCCGCCCCGGCUAAGUCCCCCACGGCCGGGACCGCGCCUCCCGCCACGUCCCCUGCUCCGGAGAGGAAACCACCGUCGUCCCAGUCCACCGGGUCGGGCUUCUUCAGCUCCAUCACCAACGUGGUGAAGCAGACCGCUGCCUCAGCGGGGCUGGUGGAGCAGAGCCAAGUCACGACGUCCAAGAAGUUCAAGAUCCUCCUGGUGAUCGACGAGCCCCAGCAGGAGUGGGCAAAAUUAUUCCGGGGCAAGAAAGUGCUUGGAGACUAUGACAUCAGAGUGGAGCAGGCUGAAUUCAAUGAGAUCAACAUCUUGGCUCACGCCAAUGGAACCUGCAAUGUUGACAUGCAGGUGUACAGGAAUGGCACCAAGGUGGUCAGGUCCUUCAGGCCCGACUUUGUCCUCAUCCGCCAGCACGCCUUCAGCAUGACCCAGAACGAGGACUUCCGCAACCUGGUGAUCGGCCUGCAGUACGGCGGCGUCCCGUCCAUCAACUCGCUGGAUUCCAUCUACAAUCUGUGCGACAAGCCCUGGGCGUUUGCCCAGCUGAUCACCACCUACAGGAGGCUUGGUGCUGAAAAGUUUCCUCUGAUCGAGCAGACCUUUUACCCCAACUACAAAGAGAUGGUAACCAUGCCAGCGUUCCCUGUGGUGGUGAAGAUUGGACACGCCCACUCGGGCAUUGGAAAGGUGAAGGUGGAGAACCACAGUAAGUUCCAGGACAUAGCCAGCGUCGUGGCUCUGACCCAGACCUACACCACCACCGAGCCCCUUGUGGACGCCAAGUACGACAUCAGGAUCCAGAAGAUCGGCAGCGACUACAAGGCUUACAUGAGAACUUCUAUAUCUGGUAACUGGAAGAGCAAUACAGGCUCCGCCAUGCUGGAGCAGGUGGCCAUGACUGACAGGUACAAGCAGUGGGUGGACACCUGCUCAGAGGUCUUCGGGGGUCUGGAGAUUUGUGCCGUCAAAGCCAUCCACGGCAAGGAUGGAAAGGACUACAUCACAGAGGUUGUGGGCUCCUCCAUGCCCCUGGUAGGGGAGCACCAGGCGGAGGAUCGGCAGCUCAUUGCCGAAAUGGUGCUGGCCAAGAUGGAGCUGGAAGCACAGAAUGCAGCUAACGCCUCCCAGAGACCAACCACCACACAGCCAUCACAGGGCGGCGGGCAGAAGGGCGAGCUGGUGGCCGACCCCACGAAGAACGGAGCGGCGCCGCCCCCUCAGGGCUGCCUGCAGUACAUCCUGGACUGUAACGGCGUGGCGGUGGGGCCCAAGCCCGUCCAGGCCAACUGACCUGUUGAAGAAGGAGCAGCAUCAGUGGGGUAGAGCCCAGAGAUCUAGAUAACCAGUGGCGUACAUUAUGGGAACACGAGAUGCAUAGGCAUGUAAAGGGGGGGGGCUUUGGGAGCUAGAGCUUGUUAUUCACGGACCAGCGCUGGGUUGGCCUGGAUUUGGCGGUGUUUUCCUUGUUUUGGUUUUCUUCCUCUAUGCAGUGUCCAAAUGUACUGUCUUCUUGUUGAUUCGCGUGGAUUCGUGUGCUUGUAACGGUCGCUCGCUCUGUUGCCCUGUUAGCUGUAGUCUUUCCCUUGAAGCUGUCGUUGAUGAUGUAAUAAGCAGAUUGUGCCUACACUCCCCAAGUCCAGUGCUGCCCCGUGCCACCGGUUUGACACAGAUAUGGCCCCCACACACACACACACACACACACACACACACACACACACACAAACACACACUCUAAACACAGCCCCAACACCUACUCCCUUUUCUUUUUUUAACUCCCAAGCUUAUUCUUUUGCCCACACACGACACAUCCCAGCCCCUGCCGUUUCGCUGUGUACCUUUUCGAUAUUGUUCAAACUGUGGUUUGUCGUGCAGUUGGACGUGUGUAUAACUUGGUAUCUACAUGUGGGUGUGUGUGCGUGUGUGCGUGUGUGUGUGGGUGUGUAUGUAUGUGUGUGAAUAUUAUUUAUUUUUCAUACAUGUACUAAAUGGACUUUGUGUUGGUUUUGCAUGAUUGAUUCAAACGCAGGUGAAAGUCUUUGAAAUAUCUAUAUAACAACCGCAUUGUUGACCGCCAGUAACACAGCAACUAUCUACAAUCUAUGGACCUUGUGAUUCAAGUGAGUGAAUGUGUCAUCAAAUAAUAUUUUUAUUAGUUCUACUAUGUAAUACAUUUACAUGAAAUGUACAUUUCAUCAUCAUGAACGUUAGACAGCUAGUGCAUAGAACACCUUUCUCUAAAGAUUUAAGUUUGAUAAAUUCACUUACUUUAACUCUGACUAUAAAUUACAUGGCAAGAAUAUAAUUCAGGAAUACUCCUAGUAGGCCUCCGGAAAUUCGAAAAAUGCAUUAAUUAAAUCUUUUGUAUUUUUUUUAACCAAAGAACAAAUUUAUCAAAAAAUAAUACUUUAUUCACUCUCUUUGCACUCAGAAGCCAACUGUUUAAAUAUCUAAGAGAGAACUUAUUGGGAGGUCAGUUGGGCAGGGAGACCUUCAGACACAAAUGUGUGGCAAAGGAAUGCUGUUUUCUACUGUAGUAUUAUGGUUGAAUGGAAGAAGAGGUUUAAGGUGAAAACUGGUCAUUAAGUGCUGAAAGACCCCCCCCUAGGGCCUUUUCUGGACGUUGUUGCCAUGACAACAGUGCAAUCUUUCGUGGUUCUCUCUGCUGAGAUUUUGCAUGGAAUUAAGCUUCUGUUACUGCCAUCGAAAGAUUCAAAGUUUUUGCCUUAUUAUAAUUCACUGUUCAUGACUAAAUGAAGAGUGCAAUAUUAAUAUAUAUAUGUAUUUUACUUAGUACACUAUUUAUUUUUAAAAUCAGAUCUUCCUCCAUUAUUUAUUCAUGAAGCUAUAUUAACGAAUAUGUCAUCGACAUAAACCAAAACCCUUGUUUUCAGGUUGUUGUGGACACUGAAGCUAUUUUACAUGGUCAAUGGUCACACAGCCAAGUACGCUGACUGAUAAACUGUCAUUCUUCGACAAUAAUUUCAUUAUUUUUCAAGAUGUAUUAACUGCCAUUGUAUCUGUGAGAAUACCCUUGUAAAAGCCAUGCCUGAGGCUUUAUAGAUGUGUUGUUUUUGUUUUUUUAAGGAAAUACGCCAUUACUAUUUUAAAGGCAGGAAGGCUUUAGACUGUGAGCUUCAGAUCAUAGGAUUUAUAAGAAAUGGUGAUGUGGUUAUUUUAUGUGAAUAUUCGUGGGCAUGUUUAUUUGGCCUCUGUGUCCAGGUGGAGCUUGUAUAUGUUCAUAUGUACAAGAUUGCAACUGUUUGGUCAUUUGGAUGGUAGCUUACUAAAUUACUGUACUUUUCAAUCUGGUGAUGGACUGUUUUAAAACCAUAGAACAAUUCAAUAAAUCAUGGGAAAGAUCCAUUAUGGAUCUUGAUGUGGAAUAAACUAAUUUGAUCCUUUGUGUUGUGGUAGUCUCGUGCUCGGAGAGUGGUAAAUGUUCAACAACGUGGUUUAUUCUAACAGAGACACAAGGUAAACGGGCUUGCGUUCUGAAGGUGGUUCAUGAAGCAUCUGGCGAACACAGGUAAAACAAAAAGUUAUAUUGGGAGGGGGCGGAACAGUAAAUAGGCCACGCCUACAUGUUCCCAGGUAAAUCUUUGGACUGUCUUGGCUUAAACGGAAAUGGCAAACUGGCCAUGUUUGUAGUCUUUAACUUAUCAUUAAAACCUUUUAUGGUGUUGUCCAUUAUGUGGUAAAGAAACCGUUCAUAACUGUGGUUAGUUUGAAACAUGUCAUCAGAAAUAGCAUAGACUAAAAUAAUUUACAUCAAUCUUUCCCUUAUGUCAUCGGCAAUAAAGCUUCUUUUGCAAUAUAAA